CGUCGGCGGUUUACGCGGCCGAGCGCGAACGUUUGUGCGCGCAAUGUUUGCGACGGCGAAGCGAACGCGAACCGACAGUCGUCCAAGGGCGCCCGUAUCGGAAGCACGUAUUGUCUCUUGCAAGCAGUGAUCCGAAGUGCACGCUCCGCUGUCACCGCCGCGUCGUUCAUCCGCCCGCGCCGGCCAUACCAUGACGCCAGCCACCCUCCCCUGGACACGCUUUCUACGCUACAACGGUACAGAGACGACCGCCUGAGCCGUUAGCUCGACAUGUUUACAUCGCAACUGUUUAUCAACGGUCGUCGCGAGUUCCCCUGAAGAUCGGCAACCGAUUUGAAUCGUGCGAAUGCGUACCGGCUGAAAAGAUUGCGAAACUAUACGAGUGAAGUUUAAAAAUACAUUUUCUUUAGUGAGAAGUGACGUUGAUACGAGAUGUGUGCGUGCAGUAAAUUCUACGACUUUUGGAAGAACUCUUGCGGGGCAGGGAUGUCUCUGGACGAAGGCAGACAGUCUCAGCGGCCGUAUCGGUACGGAAUGGUACUGCUAUGCGCGGGCGCGCUCAUCAACUGGCUGGGCCUGGCAGAAGACUACGCGGAACCAGUGCGUUACGUGGGCGUCGCGUGCAUCGUCGCCGGCGCCUUGCUCAUCUGCGCCGCCAUGUGCUGCUGGCUGCAGUCGCCCGCACGGCAACCACACAACGACCGCGCAACGCCUGAUACCCACCAGAUUGACGAUCCCAUCCACGUGAUAUCGAUGCCGGACGAGGAGACAAUGCAGCAGAAGCCACCAGACUACGAGACUGUGGCGGGCGCGCCGCCCACAUACGACGACGCCAUCAAACUGAACCCCGCACGUCUGCUGCCCGCCACGAGCAGCGCGCGUCUGGAACCUUCCACCGCCGCGGACGUGCCUGUAAUACCCGGACAGCUGGACGACGUCCCCGCCCCCGUACACCUCCCUCACAGCCACACACAGACCCAAGUACCCAAAACACCACCGCCUCCAUACAGGCCGACCCACGCCAUCAGAUGAAAGCCAGGCCCGAUGGCAAUCACGUGUGCUAGUACUUUAAAUCGACUGCGUUUCAUGUGAUGAGACUUGUAAAUAAUCAUCGAGCGUUCCCUGAGUCUCGAAUGCGGACAUAUCCAUUGUUGAAAUAUUGCGGUAUUAUUUUUUUCGUACGUCUGGCAUAUCCACACAUGAAACUGUUAUUUUUUUUUAAUUUAUGUAGGCUGUCAAACUUAAGAGCGAUGCGUACUUAUGUGAUAUUAAAAUGUUAUAAUUAGUUACUUAAUUAAUAAUUUUUACUGUAUAUACUAAAUAGUUUUUAAUCAAAGCUGAAAGUAAUGUAAAACUUCCAUAUUUCAGUGGAAUAGUAACGGUGAGCAUAUAGGGGUAUAGGUAAUUGAGCAAUAAUUUAUAAAUAUUUACAAAUAAUAAAAUGAAACCAAUAGAAUUGUUUGUUCGGUAUUUUAUUGUAUAUUUAUAAACAUUGUUUAGUAUUGUGCCAUUCAUAGAAAAGCUACGUAAACUAAUGUAAACACGGCAGCCGCCUAGAGUAUUCAUAUUAAUUCAGUUUUGUUAUUGCUCAUUUAAUUUAUUUAUAUUUUACAAAGCAGAGUUUACCUUUACGGGCUUCUUACCUACUGUAUUUUAUCGUUAUUAACUUAUUCAAAAA